CUUACGCUUACAAUUGUGAAGACGGUCUCUUCGCCCAGAAACCAGUUUUGUCCUGUCCGUAUUGAAUCAGCUCGCUCAGUUCAGGUGUCUGGAGACGACGACAACAACAGAAAACGGUGGAGAGAGAAACACAGUGAGAGAAUGAGAGGGAAGAAUCAACAGUCAGCAGUAGACGAGAAGUACGCACAGUGGAAGACUCUUGUUCCUGUUCUCUACGACUGGCUUGCUAAUCACAACCUCGUCUGGCCUUCUCUCUCUUGCCGGUGGGGGCCACAGCUUGAGCAAGCUACUUACAAGAAUCGGCAGCGUCUCUAUCUCUCUGAACAGACUGAUGGCAGUGUGCCCAAUACGCUGGUCAUAGCAAACUGUGAAAUUGUAAAGCCAAGAGUUGCUGCUGCAGAGCACAUUUCACAGUUCAAUGAAGAAGCUCGGUCACCAUUUGUGAAGAAGUACAAGACCAUCAUACACCCUGGAGAGGUGAACAGAAUCAGGGAACUACCUCAGCAUAAUCACAUUGUUGCCACCCAUACUGAUAGUCCCGAUGUUUUGAUUUGGGAUGUUGAGUCUCAACCUAACCGCCAUGCUGUGCUAGGAGCCACUCCUUCUCGUCCAGAUUUGGUAUUGACAGGACAUAAAGAAAAUGCCGAGUUUGCUCUUGCAACAUGUCCGAAGGAACCGUAUGUACUCUCUGGAGGGAAAGACACAACUGUAGUUUUGUGGAGUAUUCAGGACCACAUAACAACAACAGCCUCAGACCCAUCAAGUAACAAGCCUCAAGGAUCGGCGGCAACAAUUGUGAAACAAAAUGGAGAAAGCCCUUCUGUUGGACCUCGUGGUAUCUUCCAAGGCCAUGAAGAUACUGUGGAGGAUGUGCAGUUUUGUCCAAAAAGUUCGCAGGAGUUCUGUAGUGUUGGUGAUGAUUCUUGCCUUAUACUGUGGGAUGCUCGAACUGGAUCUGAUCCAGCAAUUAAGGUAGAGAAGGCUCAUAAUGCUGAUCUUCACUGUGUUGACUGGAAUCCUUUUGACGAAAAUUACAUCCUCACUGGAUCUGCUGAUAGCACCGUUCGUAUGUUUGAUCGGCGUAAUCUUACUUCUGAUGGAGUUGGAUCACCUGUUCACAAAUUUGAGGGUCAUAAAGCUGCUGUUCUUUGUGUGCAGUGGUCUCCUGACAAUCCAACUGUCUUUGGAAGUUCUGCGGAGGAUGGUGUUCUCAACAUUUGGGACUAUGAGAAGGUUGGUAAAAAGAAAGAGCGUGGGGUAAGAACACCAAAUGCUCCUCCAGGUCUCUUUUUCCAGCAUGCUGGACACAGGGACAAGGUGGUUGAUUUUCAUUGGAAUACGUAUGAUUCUUGGACGAUUGUGAGUGUUUCAGAUGAUUGCGAUUCUAGUGGUGGUGGUGGAACACUGCAGAUUUGGCGUAUGAGUGAUCUAAUUUACCGACCAGAAGAGGAAGUUUUAGCAGAGCUUGAAGAAUUCAAGUCACAUGUAGUAACAUGCGCUUCAAAAUCGUGAGGUGAGGUAGAUUCAGUUUGUUUUCCGAUAGGCAAUUGUAGAGUUACAAGCCUUCCUGGUCUCGUUGUGGAGUGGAUGCUCUAUUGUUGGCUGAUGUUAUGUCUAUUUUUAGUUAUGUAGCAUGUUGAUGCAAGAAAUUUAGGGUAUGUGAAUGUGACUUAUUAUUUAUGGGAUUUAAGGGGUUUACGCCUUUUUUGGGUUCGGGAAGGUCUUCCACAAUGUGGGUUUGUAAUAUAAACUUGUGAAGCAGUGUACUAUCUAGGUUGAAGUAAGAUUGUAUGAAACUAGAAUAGGUUGAACGGCGAAUGGCAAUGUAUGAUACUUGAUUCAAGUUUGCAAGUUCGUAUCGUCUUUCGAUAGAGAGAAAUGUUCCUCGUCCGAGGAAAUGGUAGGCUAACAUGGCUGCCUUUUGAA